CCCGGUUUUCUUGUUGGUUCUCGUUCCCCGUAUACUGAGAUUCCUAGCUUUAUAUCCUGUUCCAGCUGGCCGCUCCACUGCUAGGCUGAUCUAUGUAAAUAUUAGUUAAGGGGCAGCUAAGAAUUUUUUUUUUUUCUUUUGGCCGAGUUGAUAAUGUGGCCCACUCCCUCCGUCUUAGUGAUAACACUGCAAAUCAAUAAAUCCCCCCUUCCCAGCAACCUAAGAGGCGAAAAAGAAAAGAGAAACAAAGAAAAAAAAAAGGUAUUGUCGUUUAAAUAAGCUUGAGUAGUCUGCUCUGGCUCAGCUUUGACAUGCUACAUUUCUCUCAGAGAUAAAGGCUUCUAUAGAUAUAGUGGCGCCGCUUGCAACCUACCACUGAUUCAUUGAUUUCGGCCAACGGGCGAGAAAAUGGCGGUGGAUAUGGAGAAAACAUUGUCAUCGGUCGAAACCGGUGAAGACCGUCACUCGUCUGGGAGAGAGUCCCCCAUCUUAGAAUCAAUCAGGGGAGUUCGGACAAAUCGAACAAAUCGAACUCGGAGUCGCAGCCAGCACUCUGGCACCUCGAGCAGAUUCAUUUACGAUGACGACACUUGGAACCUCGAGCGUGCCGCAACGGCGACUGUCGAAACAGAGAUUGAGCGUGCUGCUCGUGAGCCAAUCACUUACACCAGAUCUGGAGCUAGCAUGAGCAGCGUGGCCUCCAGGCCUCCGGAAUAUGAAGUUUACUUUGAGGAAAACGAUCCUGCGAAUCCGCAGAACUGGUCCUUGCUUUAUCGAGCCUGGACAAUUGGAGUUGUCUCUUUCGCAACCUGGCUUGUGGUCCUAUACAGCACCAGCUACACGGCUUUUAUACCGGGGCUGAUGGAAGAAUUCGGUGCCUCAGAAACGGUCGCCACGCUGGGUGUAACAACCUAUCUCUUAGGUCUUGCUGUUGGGAGCUUGAUUCUGGCGCCAUUGAGUGAGGUAUACGGUCGACAGCCUGUGUAUAUUGUUUGCAUGACUAUCUGGGCCAUCCUCAUCAUCCCAUGUGCUAUUGGGCCUUCUCUAACGACCCUCAUCGUUGUUCGUUUCUUUGGAGCCCUCUUUGGCGCUGUCAUGAUCUCGAAUAGCCCGGGUACAGUUGUCGACAUCAGCAACCCCGAAUAUCUCUCUCUUGGAAUAUCUGUCUAUAGCGUUGCUCCGCUCAACGGCCCUGUUCUGGGACCUCUGAUCGGUGGUUUUAUCUUUCAGUACAAGGGAUGGAGAUGGACCAAUUGGGUGAGCCUUAUUAUCGCGGGCGCAACCAUCCUCGCAAUUCUUACACUGAGGGAGACGUACCCCCCAGCCAUUCUCAAGAAAAAGGCGGCCCAACUUCGAAAGGAAAAGGACGACCCUCGAUAUUGGUGCCAGUACGAUCAAAAGAUCUCGACGCUGAAUCUUCUCAAGAUUAACAUGAGUCGUCCCUUUGUGUUGGCUGCUACCGAGCCGAUUUUAUGGUUCAUGAACUUUUGGAUUUCUCUCAUUUAUGGCAUUCUGUACCUUUGCUUCGUCGCUUAUCCCAUUGUAUUCACUGAGCAUCGUGGAUGGGGAUAUGGGCUUUCAGGACUGUCGUUCCUCGGAAUUGGCUGCGGCAUCAUCAUUGCCAUUUCUUUUGAACCAGUGAUUAGAGGAUUUAUCAAUAGGCAGCCUCGCGAUCCGGUGACAGGGAGAGUUCUCCCAGAGGCCGCAGCUCUGAUGAUGGGCCUGGGAGCCAUUUUAACCAGCAUUGGUCAACUCGGAUUCUCUUGGACCUGCUUGCCCACGCAUAUCCACUGGAUUGCACCCAUUAUUUUUGGAAUACCCUUUGGCGCUGGUAACACGCUCUGCUUCAUCUACGGCAACAACUACUUGGCCGGCGCAUACAGCAUCUAUGCAGCCAGUGCGCUUGCUAGCAAUGCCGUCUUCCGGAGUAUUGUUGGAGGAACUCUGCCUUUGGCUGGGCCUAAGAUGUACGCAACAUUGUCGCCGCAGUGGGCGGGAACCCUGCUCGGCUUGCUUGAAGUGAUCUGCAUCCCAAUUCCGUUCAUCUUCUGGCGAUAUGGCGGCAAGAUUCGCGCCAAGAGCAGAGUCAUUCAGCAAUUACAAAAUGAGCUGGACGAAAUGGAGCGAAAAAGAGCUAGGAAUGACGAGAGGCGCGAGAGGCGGGCAAGACGUGAGGCGGAGAAUGCUGAACGACGCGCGGGUGACGAUGAUCUCAGCACCGACGAUGAAACAGAUAGCGAAGAUGGCGUAUCUGAAAGACGCGAAAGCGUGCCUCACACCGCUGAGGAGAAAAAGGAAGCGACUGCCACAGUGAAGAACGAGUGAAGGAGUAAUAGAACAAAGAAAAAAGGGAAAAAAGGGACGAAAGGGACGAGAGGCGAUCAGCAGCGAUGCGUUACGUCAGCGAUGUGUUUUCAAAAGCCGUGAUAUUUCACCAUAUGAUGGAUAUACCCAACCCCGUAUAUGAUUAUACCUAGUUUAUUGUAAUUUUUUAUAUAGUUUCGC